AAAGCUGAGGGAAGCAAAGUGAAAGAGAAAAACGGGGAGAAAAUGUUUCAUUGAUUUAAGUCAUGUAGUUUUUCGUCGUGAUCUAUGAAUGACAGUAGAUUUUGGAGCUACAUUAUGAAGUAUUCAAUUAGUGAUGAUUAUGUAGUAUAUCUUUGUUGCCCAUAUACUAUGCGAACUACUGUUGUGCGAACGUACGUUUGUUUGCUUAGACAAAUGUAAGCGAUAAACUUGUGCUCUAUGUAUUCGUGUAUAUCAUUGCUAAAAUUCCUUAUUACCGCUUUUUAUAAAACUUUGUGACUUGAAUAUAGUUACACGUGAAUUUGAUAAUCUAUUACAGCAGUCGGGGUAAUGUGAGCGAUAAAGUACAGUCCCAGAAAACGCACAUUAGUCUCGCCAUGGUUUGUUGAUCCCAAACAGCUGAUUUCCCUCAUCUGCCCCCACUCCCACUCACUCAAUCGCAUUCGUGUGACAACGCCGCCCUCGCCUCACGUGACAUUUUAUCUGCGGUGGGGGCUUCAGUUCUCCCACAGCUCGCAGCAAAAUGGUUGAAAUUACGUCUUCUCAUGAAGAAGAUUCUCUACACGGGGAGAGUCUGCCUCCUCCGCCGGAUAUGGACGUGGACAAUGAUGUGAUUGAGGAGCAUGUUGGAGGAGUAGGAGGCGAGUGUGAAGAAGUUGAGCUGACUGGGUCUGGAGCUUCAGCAUGUUGCGAUCCCAGGAAAGGAGUUUAUAGGUUCAGUGCACUGUUCUUCAUGUGCUUUUUGGGCUUUGGUUCCUAUUUCUGCUAUGACACCCCUGGCUCACUGCAAGACCAGAUUAAGGAUGACAUGGGAGUCAACACAGUCAAAUUUGCCAGCCUCUACUCCCUGUACUCUUGGCCCAAUGUGGUCCUCUGCUUUAUUGGGGGUUUCUUGAUAGACAGAGUGUUUGGUAUUCGUUGGGGCACCAUCAUAUUUUCUUCAUUAGUCACAGUGGGUCAGUUCAUUUACGCAACAGGUGCAGUUACAAAUCAGUUCUGGUUGAUGCAAACUGGACGUUUUGUCUUCGGAGUCGGUGGUGAAUCCCUUGCUGUUGCCCAGAACACCUACACUGUAAGCUGGUUCAAAGGCAAAGAACUAAACACUGUGUUUGGACUUCAGCUGAGCAUGGCUCGUGUUGGCUCUACAGUUAACUUCCUUAGCAUGGGCCCUAUCUAUGCCUGGGUUGAUACCUUUGCCGAUGGGUACAAGGCGCUUGGAAUUUCACUCUUAAUUGCUGGUGCAACUUGCAUCUUCUCUCUGAUUUGUGCGGGAAUCCUAGGCCUGCUUGACAAGAGACGCUCCAAGGUGCUGCGACUCAAUUCUGCCGAGUCUGGAGAAAAGGUGCAGCUUAGGGAUAUUCUCACUUUCCCACUCUCCUUCUGGCUCCUGUGCGUGAUCUGUGUCUCGUACUAUGUAGCCAUCUUCCCUUUCAUUGGGCUGGCCAAAGUCUUCUUCAUGCGCAAGUUCAAUUUCGACGAGACAAGUGCCAACGGAGUCAGCAGCAUUGUCUAUGUCAUUUCGGCCUUCGCAUCUCCUGUCCUGGGAUAUGUUGUGGACCGAUUGGGGCGCAACAUCCUUUGGGUCUUUAUUGCGGUGCUGGUGUCACUCGGCUGUCACGCCCUCCUCACUUUCACCUUCCUUAACCCCUUUAUUGCCAUGAGUGUGUUAGGCUUAUCGUACUCUCUCCUGGCUAGUGCACUUUGGCCAAUGGUGUCUCUCAUCAUUCCAGAACAUCAACUUGGGAGUGCAUAUGGCAUGAUGCAGAGUAUACAGAACCUUGGCCUUGCCUUAAUCAGCAUGUUAGCUGGACUGAUUGUUGACUUGAAAGGCUACCUUGUCCUUGAGAUGUUCUACAUGAUAUGGCUUUGUGUUGCCUUGAUAUCCACUGUGGUAAUGUGGUUGACGGAUUCAGCUUCAAGAGGUGUGCUUAACCUAACUGUUGCUGAACGGCGGAAUAGAGAAGCAGACAGGGAACGCUUACUUGGCUCAUAGGUAAUGUACUGUUAAUGUAGUAAAGGAGGCAGUACGUAUCAGAGACAAGAAGGUCAUGUCAGAUUUCCUUUCAAUGCUCAGGCAGGAGCAGUGGAGGCGAAAUGAUCUUUCCUCAUACCAAAGACAAGGGUCCAAGAGAUUUGCUACCUGAUCUCCUAUGGGAAUGUGAUCAGAUUUACGAAUGAAAUUAUGUAUUGUAGAUAAGGGUCCCAAGAUUUUGCAUUUGAAAUUGUUUUUAAGAGUUUUACUUUUUAUCAUAAUAAGGGGAACAGACUGUGUAUUUUAUUUUUGUAAUGUCUAUAAGUGCAUGAGCAUAAUAAGGUUAGUGACUGCAGAUCAGCAUUUAUUUGUGAUCUUCAAUUGUAUGGAUAAAGUUUUACAUAGAGCUGAAAAAGGAUAUAGUUACUACCACCCAAUGUCUUAUUGUAGCUAAUGUAUUUUAUGUUUACUUGAAAAAGCAUAAGAAUUGAACGAGUGUCUUAUGUAUGCAAAGAAUAACUUUCUUGAAAUCAGAGAAAGUUAACAUCUUGUACUUUUGAUAAAUUGAUUAGAUUGUGUUUGUUCCGAAAAUAUUUUUCCAUUAGUCAAAAGGUAAGGAAAAAAGUGCAAAGGUAACUUUAAAGACUAAAAAAACUUGCAUGGUAAAAAAUAAGUGCUUUAAUGAGGUGAAUUGACUAUAUCAGAACAGCUGUGUUAGUACUGGAUUUAUUACUUUACUUAUGUUUUACAAGGUCACCAUUCUUUUAUAUGAUAUAAAAUGCCAAUAAAAGAGAAAUAUGUAAUCAGCAAACUGCUUGUAAAAAUAUUAACUGGAAGUUUAAAGGGAGAAUUUAGUGUUACAUACAUUUUUUUCUCUUAUUUAUAUCUUUCAAUGACUCCUUUUUCUGUCUUUCAGGCAAGUUGCUAUUACCUUUUUUUUAAUGUAAACCAAGAUAGGGGGGAUAAAAUGAUGCUCAUUUAUUAUGUCUCUAAUGCAUAUUUCAUGUCCUAAAUUGAUCUAGUUUUUUGCAUCAAGUUGGUAAUCAAAGUGCAUUGUCAUUAUAAAUCAUUUUAAGUACAUUUUAACCUCUUCACACGGCUAAUGUAAUGUUAUGGUUACAAAAAAAGCAUGUGUGGAUAUUCAAGGACAAUCUCACAUCCCUUACUUCUUUACCAGCCAUCUUUACUCAAUGCUUGAGGAACAAAAUAGUGUCUGAUGACUGCAGUGAGUAAAAAUCUAAAGCAAAAUUGCAACCUUGAACCUCUACUGGUUGGUAACCUCAACUCCAGUCAAUAUUCUCAUUCAUCCUUUACCAAUACUAAUGUUUUUAUAAAGGAUAACAAGUAUUCUUGAAGAUAUAUAUAUCUUGAAGAUAUGCCUACCAGUCAGGGUUAACAUGGUACUGUCUAGCCAGCCAUGGAUGGGUUAAUCCAAUGCCAACGGGUGUUUUCCCGAUAUGCAAGCUCUCUCUCUCCC